ACGUAACGUACCAGCGUCUGUCGGGGGAAAAACAGUUGACAGGAGCGAGAAGUAGGCCGAACAGGAUAAACAAAGCAAAUAGAUGAAAAAUAGCUUAGACGACUUUAAUAUUUGUCAUUAUUUUUAAUGUUAAAAAUGAAUAGUGUUUUUCUAAAGUUGUGUUGGGUCUAUUAAGGCGGAAAGUUUGUCGAAAAGAGAGGGCGUCCACCUGUCGAACCGAAAUAGGUUAACCAAGCUAACUUGCGUUAGCGUGCUAGCUGGCUGUUUGAACCCGAACAGGUGUGCCAGGUGGCCCGCCAGGUAGCCAUGUCCUCCCCUUCUUCGUCGUCCAGGCGCCAGUGGUGCUACUUGUGCGACCUGCCGAAGAUGCCAUGGACCGUGGUGUGGGACUUCAGCGAGGUGGUCUGCCGCGGUUGCGUUAACUACGAGGGGGCUAACCAGAUCGAGUUCCUGAUAGCAAGCGCCCGCCAGCUGAAGCGGAGUCACGGCAUGCAGGACGGCAACGUGAGGUCGCCCGGCCCUUCUCCUAACAAACACGGCUCCUUAGCAAGAGCAGAGCCGGGGCCGGACGGCGGAAGGCAGCACGCUGAGCGCUUUGAGCGGGGAGGAAGAGGGGAAGGCGGCGGGACGGCGAUACGCGUGCCGCCCAACGGGCUCCACCGCGACGGACAGCCGCCCCAUGAGGUGAACCGCCAGAGCCCCAGCAGCAGCCGGAGACCCAUGAUCGGAGCCGCCAUCCCGCCCAAUCUGGUGUCUCAAAGCAUUGCGGGAAUGCCUGGGCUGCUUGCGGGCAUGCCAGCGGGUCUGACCGCCAGGACAGCGCCGAUGAGCAGCCCGAUGAUCUUCCCGGCGCCGGUGCUGGCUGAGAUGAGCCGCAGACAGCUGGGGAUCGGAAUCUCCUCCUUCAUCACUCCGGAGCUGGAGCGGGAGCUCAUUUCCUCCCAGGCCAAGUCCCAGACUCAGACACAGGCUGGCACCAGUGGUAGCAAGAGCACAAGCCUGUCUUCUUCGUCUUUUUCCAUGGCUGGAGGCGUGAGCCAGACGAGCCCGAAGCCCGCUUCAUCCCCGGCCAGGCAGCAACGCCCCCCGACGGCCCGGUCCGGAGCCGAGCCUCUGGGAUCCGGCAGCUCCGCGGAGGCAGCCACGACUGCUGCGGCGUUACCCAACAACGGCGCCUCCGAGCUGGGGUCGGCAUCUGUCAGCAACACCCAUCCGACCGGAAACACGCUGUCCUGCACGCUAUGCCAUGAGCGGCUGGAGGACACACACUUUGUCCAGUGUCCAUCAGUGCCUGGGCACAGGUUCUGCUUCCCCUGCACCAGAGUGUACAUCCAGAGCCGGCGGGGCGAUGGCGAGGUGUACUGCCCCAGCGGAGAGCGCUGCCCGCUGGAUAACUCCCCCAACAGCCCGCCCUGGGCCUUCAUGCAGGGAGAGGUCUCCACCAUCCUGGGCGUCGUUCCAGCUCCAGCAGGAUCCGCGUCGGCAGCGGCAUCCGGAGCCAGUUCGGGGUCGGGAGGUGCUCCGGCGUCUGGAUCAGGGAGCGCAGCAGCAGGCGGCGCAAGUGGAGGUGGAUCAGGAGGAGGAGACGUCACUGUUAAGAAAGAGAGAGAGACGUGAUGGUGACGCGGACCGAACAGCAGCAGCAGCAGAUUUGGAUUCAGUACAAUAAGAGAUAUCUACACUGGACUGCUGAGGAACCCAGAAAAGAAACACAACAACCAACAAAACCAGAAAUCCUCCACUGCACAGGUUCUAACUCCUUCUAACUUCAGUUUAAACAUCAUCGCAACAGUUCAGGAGCUUCUGUUUUUCUUCAUAAUUUCCUUUUAAAGAUCAGUUUUCUCACCAGAAAAGGACUCAAUAUAUUAGUUGUCCUCAUUUAAAACGAAUGUAAAUUACAUUUCUACUCACCGAGUCAACUCUCCAGCACAGGUCAACAUCUAAACAUUGGUUAUAAUUGAGUUUUUGCUGCAUCCUCAGUGAUGCAAAGGUGCUAAACAUCACAUUAGAAAAGCACCACAACAUGUGAUAUAUGUCUCCAUGUCCUCAUACAAAACAAUCCAAGUGCUUGGCUUUGUUUCUGUUUGAUAAACUCAACUAAAAAAGGCUAAUCUGCACUGGCUCCGUUAGUAUACUAAGAUCACACCAACACAGCAGCUGACAUCCAGAUUUCUAGUUCCUCUGUGGCCGAAAAUAAAUUAGUUCAGUAACGUUUAGGAGCCAAAAGUCAGAUAAAACUCUUCGCCUUCUAACCCAACCGUCUUUCUUCUCUACACAACUGCAUAUUGUUUAUUUUUCUGAAUUUUAUAACUGAAUGUCCCCUAGAAACCAAAAGGACUCCACAGAAACACAACAAAGGUAACAAUAAUUGUGCAUUGUAGAGAAUUGUAUCAAUUUUCAUAGUUUUGCAGUAGAAAACAGGAAAGAAAAAUGGAUCAAGCUUAAUGUUUUAAUCUUUGAUUAAUCUCCAAAUGAUAAAAACGUGAAAACAAAUUACUCUUAUUGCGUUGAAGGUGGAAGAAACAACUAUUUCUGAAUGAAUUUUUAAUAUUUGUGUCAGAAAGACCAGAAACGUCAACUUUAUCUUACCCUACGAUGCUAGCAUGUCGCUACUCACGCAGAGGAAAUUUAAUAUUUUUCUUAGUCUCUUGAGCAAAACGAAGUUAAAUGCUAAUUAAAACACCAAUAACUCACAUUUUCCCUCAACAGUAAUUAAACAGAAAUGAUUUUGCACCAAGACACAGCAAUAUAUCGUCUAAUAGAGGCUCAAAAUGUCUUUUUCUGAUCAGUUAGCGAUCCAGAAAUACCACCUGGUCUUGGUGACAACACUCUUCAGUGUGGAAGUUAUCAUAGCAGGAAAUCCAGAGAGCUGGACUUUGGUAUUUUGUUUCCCGCCUUCGAAACAUUUCAUUGAAUUGAAGGAGAAGCAGACUCUCCAGAGGCUGAAUUCAUAAAUUAUCAAACAGGUUGAUUAUACUGGAGAAAAGUUGCUCUGUUUUAUACUUUAAAGGCCUUUUGCCUGAUUUCAAAAGGGUUGGGAGCCUUUUGGAAAUCUUACUAAACGUUUUGUAGGGAAUCCUACAUGCUAAUAGCUAAAGUAAAGAUAAUUUAAAAUGUCAGAAGUCAAAUGACUAAAACUCUGUUUUACAGUGACCGCUCUCUCCUGCACACUGUUGGAUGUUACCUUUGCUUCAUUUUUUAACGCUGUUAACUGAAGUCGGUAUAAUACGGAGCCCCAUACUGGGAGUUUUUUUCUUUUAUGUUCUCUCGCAAUAAAUUGGCUGAGAAAUCUGAAACUGAUGCCAUAUUGGCAGGUAACCGGCCACGACGUUUUUGUUUUUAUCUCCUUUACGCCAGCUUUACGUUAGCGCUCUGCUGAAAAAACCUGAGUGAAGUUGCCACCCCCCGUCCUCAACCUUCUUCAAAUUGGACAAAAUUGGUGUCAAACAUUUGUGCAGCAAAAAUUUUCAUUUGUGCCGCUAUUAGUUUAGAUGAUAAAAAAAAGUUUCCUGAGAUCAUCAUCAAUAUCUUCAAAGCAAAAGGAGCACAAACAAAAAAAUGUACCGAGUUGUUUGACACCAAAUUUGUUUGACUUUGUAAAUGUAGUGAAUGAUUGCGGCACAAACAAAACAUUUUUGCUACACAAAGGCAGCACAAACAUUUAACACAAAUUUUGAUAGAUUUGGGAAAUGUGGUUGACCUUUUGACCUUUAAACUUUCAUUUAAAAAAGCAGCACAAAUAAAAAGGUCUGCUGCACUAUCAUCAGACUCUAAUUUUGCUAUUAUUUAAAAAAGUUAGGGGGUGGCUGGUUGACCUUUCACAACCCGUGGAAACAUUUUUUAAUAUCCUUAAAAUGACAGCGGCACAAACAAAACAUUUUGCUGCACAACAUCGCUGAGUUGAUUGGUAAUAAAUUUGUUUGAUUUUUAAAUGUAAUAUCUUUAAAUUACUAGCAGCACAAAUUAAAAUGUUUACUCCACAAACAUUGGACACAAAUUUUGUUAUAUUUUUGUAAUUGAUAUUUUCUAAACAAAAGCAGCACAAACAAAAUUUUUGCUGCACAAACGUAGCCGAGUUGAUUGACACCAAUUUUUUUUUAAAGAAAUUGCGGCAGCUGUUUGACCUCUCACGACCUCUGAAAACAUUUGUUAAUAUUUUUAAGAUGAUAGCUGCACAAACAAAACAUUUUUGCUGCACAAACGUUUUGCACAAAUUUUGUUAAAUUUGAAGACAGGUCUGAAACAAAUCGAGAAACUGACGCCAUGUUGGCAGGUAACCGGCCGCCACAUUUUCCCCAGUUUUUAUUUCCUUUAUGGCAGCUUUUCGUGACUCUUCGUGAAACCGAAAAAGGAAAACGCUAGCGCUACAGCUGAAAGAAAUUGUGAAACUGACGCCAUGUGAGCAGGUAACAGGCCACGGCAUUUCUCUCUGCUUUUUCUCUUCUUGUUUUUUUUCUUUACGUCAGCUUUACGUGACCCUUUGUGAAACCGAAAAAGGAGAACGUUGGUGCGGCAAACUCGACUUUAAUGUUGCUUUACGUUCACAUCCAGCCCAGCCUACGCUUUACCCCGAAUGUAUAUUUUAAAAGAUAUCUAUUGAUAGGCCUAGGAUUAUAUUUUAUACUAGAAUGUUAAAUGUUAUAUACGAAAAAGAUCUGUUAUAGUAUGUAUGUGCAAUCCCUUAGUCUUAGUAUAUGCAACAGUUUGAAAUAUGUUAUGAAAUAUAAUUGCGUAUUUUUUUUUUUAAGGGAGAAUCCACCUGAAAAAAUUGAUUCAUAAAGUUUUGUUUUCCCACAUAUGAUGAAUGUAUUUGUUCAUUUUAUUUUAUGAAUUAAAAUGUUUGGUGAAACGAAAGUGGGCAUUGUGAACGUUCAAACUGACUUUGUGUUUUGGGUCGAUUCUCCCUUCAUGUGCACGACGCACGCACCAACCAAAGGUCAUGUUCGGCCCAACUUGAUGUUUCUGGAUGUAAAUGUUUAAUAAAAAAUUAUAUUUAAUUGUUUGUUGAUCAGGAUUCCCCUGUGAUGGAGUGUUAGGGUUAUUUUAGAUGACAAAAAAAACAAUAAAUCUCGGUUUAAAAACUUCUACAUUUAUUUGAUGUAUUUACAAGAAAAAUUAUCAGUCAUAGAUUUGCAUGAAAAAAUGCAAAUUUUUCAUGAUUUAAAUAAAUUUUCAAAUUUAUAUUAAAACUAAAAUUACAGGCAUAUAUUUGACCAUAAAUGCCACUUUUGAUGAAAGGAAAAUAAUAUUUUUUAACAAAAAAGCUCAAAUUUUUUGAUUAAUUUCAUAUAUUUAACAGAAAAAAGUAUUGAAAAAUCAUGAAUUUGCAAGAAAAAAAUCCAAAGUUGUCAUUUCAAGACAUAAAUUUACAAUAUUAAAACUAAGGUGUUCUCUGACAGAAAGUCAUAAAUUUUUUACCAAAAUCUUCUCAAAUUGAUGUUAUUCUAACAUCUGGAAACAAAAUUAUUUCGGCAAAAUUUCUAGAUCAGUAACACAUACUUAUAAGAUUUUUUUUUUUGAAUGAAAAGUCAUAAAUUUGCAAGACAAAAAUGCUAAUUUUUUAUAAUUUAAAGACAUAAAUCUACAAUAUUAAAACUUACAAUGUUUUCUGACAUAAAGUCACAAAUUUGUGAACAAAAAAUGACCAAAAUUUAGAAUUAAGAAUAUCCACAUCUGGAUGUUUGUUUUAGUGUAAGCAAUAGAUCUGGGCUGUUUUCCUGGAUCAAUUUCCCGUGUCCCGAUUUUCCUUGAACGCCUCAAACGUGAUCCAGAAAAAACACCAGUCAGUGAGGAACAUGGCUGCAUCGAGUCUGGAUGCAGGAAAUGUUUCUGUUAAAGGAAAAGGUGAAAAAUUUCUAAAUGUUUUCAGAAAUUUAAGGGCUUUUUCAUCCAAAUUUCUGAAUUUUACAAUGUUAGACAAAAUCUUAGCUUUAACAUUGUGAGUAUGGAAAAUAUCAAACUUUUCAGAUACUUUUUUUUUACCCCUCCAGGGGGUCUUUUUUGUGGGCUCUAGUGUCCCUUAUAUGACAGUAGGCAUGUCGUCGGGUCCGGGAGUCGAACCCGCGAUGGCCGCGUCGAGGACUCGAGGCCUCGAAAUACGGGUCGCACUAACUGCUACGCCACCACGGCACGCCCACAGAUACAUUUUUUUGAUAAAUUGGAGUUUUAUUCAUUGAAAUUUCUGAAUUUUUUUAAUCCUUGCUUUAAUAUUGUAAAUUUAUGCUUGAGUCAUGGAAAAUUAUGAUUUUUGUCGUGUGACUUUACACCGUUUAACAUUACAGACCUUUUUUCUUGUAAAUAUGUGAAAUUUGACAAACCUCUAUUUUUUAUUAAGUCCAAUCUAGAACAGCCUUAAUACUGUGUCCUAGGAUUCAAACGGAUGCUUUUCUUCAGUUUUAUCUCUCCUGUGUUCUGCUAUACAAUGGGAUGUAAUAAUUAAUUGUGUUCAUCAUGUAAUAUCUCUCAGAUUGGCUCUGUUUUGGGAGAAAUGUCCUUAGAGAAUUUGAUAUCAAGUACAAUAUGCACUGAUACGUAAUGCAAUCCCUCGGUAAGUGCCUUUUUAAAAACGUUUACCAUCUGUUUGUGUGUGGGAACCUCAGGGGAAGCAGGAGUGCAAUGGACUCUUUGUGAUGUCGCUGGAAAAGCCUGAAUCAGUUUCCCUCCGAACGCCAUCGCAACGCUUUUCCUUUUUAUCUGAAGCUUUUGUAAAGUCAGCUGGCGUUUUGUUUGGCCCUUUGUGUUUGGAGUUUGUUUUUAUCAAUGUUCUUGUUUUUGUAGAGCUUUUGGUUUUACUGCAGCUUCAUGUACAAAAUAGAAACCAUCAAUAAACGGGAUGGAAACUUG